AUGUGUCACAGUCUUUCCUGGCUGACCACCGAGGACCACUCUUCCUGUGAAGUGUUGGGCGUUACACCCAACACUGACAGACACCUGAACAUGAGCCAGGUGCUCCAGCUCGGCGGUGUGAACGAGGACAUCCCCUACAUCUACCCUCAGCUUCAGCACAAACACUUCACCGGCUGCAUCCGCAACCUCAUCGUGGACAGCAAGCUGUAUGAUCUGGGCUCCCCGGCCGACUCGCAGUCCAGCUCUCCAGGCUGCCUGACCACCGAUAGCAGCUGUGUCAACAUGGGCUAUCCGUCCUGUGGCCACCGGGGUCGCUGUCACGGAGAGUGGGGCUCCUUUAGCUGCCAGUGUGUUCCGGGAUACACGGGACACCAGUGUGAAGAGGAGGUCCCAGAGUAUUCCUUUGAAGGACACAGUCAUGCGCACUUCCAGCUGGCGUCCCCUCUGCCGGCCCGGAGGACAUGGGUUCAAGCCCUGGUUCGAACCCGCAAACACAGCAGCAUCAUCCUAAACCUGAUCUCGAAGGAGCAGAGUGAAUACCUACGGCUAGAGAUCUUCCAGGGCCUCCUCUGCGUUUUCUACAACCUCGGGGAUGGGGACUACAACCUAACCCUACCCACCUAUCGCCUCGACAAUGGUGAAUGGCAUGAGGUCUUCCUGGAUCGGCAUGACAACGAGAUGAUGCUGCGACUGGACGGUGGCGGAGGCCAGCGGGAGAUCACAGGGUCACGAGGCCGAAGCCGAGAAAUCAUCAUCGACCCCACAGUGGUGAUGCUGGGGAACACCUUCCCCUCUGGAACCAACAAGAGCUUCCAGGGCUGCAUGAGGGACAUACGCCUCAAUGGUCGCUACAUGCCACUGGACAGCCAGCCGCGAGAUGGGGUUUCCCGCGUCAGCAUACAAGGCCUCUCCCUUGGGUGCUCAUCUGAUUCCUGCAAAAGGAACCAAUGUAGUCCCCCCUUCACCUGUGUUGACCUGUGGAGAGUGCACGAAUGCAGAUGUCCUCCUGGCCACAUGAUCCGUGUGAACGGGACCAGAAAGUCCUGUGUCUACACCCUCUGUGCUACGCGGCCUUGCCACCGGGGGACCUGUGUGGCCCAGUCACCCUCCAAAUUCACCUGCCACUGCCCAGAGGGUUACAGAGGACACCACUGUGAGACAACAUUGGCCAUCUAUCGGGAGGACGUGGGCCUGAGCUUCAGCUCCCUCUUUGCCAUCUGUAUCUGCUUCAUGGCCUUACUAGUGCUGCUGCUGGGCAUUUUCCUCUACACUCGCUGGAGGAGCUACAAAGGGCUGAAAGAAGGCGUUUACCACGUCUCCGCCCACCACGACGGCUGGGAGGACAUCCGAGAGAACGUCCUCAACUAUGACGAGGAGGGGGGCGGGGAGGAGGACCAGAAUGCCUACGACAUGGCGGAGCUGCAGAAGUCCCUCCAGCCGAGCCCGGCCCAGUCGGUCCAGUACUGCCGCUCCAGGGCCCUGCACCACCACCCCCCUCCUCCCCCCCUCCACCACCACCACCACCUCCUCCACCAGGCGCCCCCGGCCCCGCCCUCUGCCCAGCAGCUGGACCCCCUCAGCCGGACAGCCAGCUCCAGCACCCUGCCCCCGUCGGCAGCUUCCACCUCCUCCACGGCCACCACCACCGCCAGCCUCCGCCGGGACGUCCCCCCCACCAGGCUGCCGGCCCAGGGCCAGGCCCGCCCCUCCCAGCUGGCGCGCCGCUCCCUGUCCUUCUCCAGCCAGGACCUGGCCCGCUACCUGUGCGAGAUCAUCCGCGACGCCGACCAGCACCCGGACACGGGGCCCUUCGACUCGCUGCAGGUCUUCUCCACCGAGGGAGGGGGCUCGCCCGCCGGCUCCCUCAGCUCCUUCAGCUCGGCGGGGCUGGACGCGGGGAACGGCGGGGACGGGGGAGGAGGGGAGGGCAGGAGGGAGGAGACGCUCGGGGAGUGGGGCCCCCGCUUUGAGAAGCUGCGGGCGCUGUACGAGCAAGCCGAGGCCAGCGACCUCUGAGCUCGGAGCGCAAACUGACAGGACAGGACAGGACCCCGAUAACGGGCCGUCCCAAACACAAUCAAUUAGCAGACGCUUAGCGACGGCUGAGGUGGGGGUGGGGGGGGAACCUGCGAGAGACUGACUGACAGAGAGAUCGCUCCACACCCCCCACUCGCCGACAACUGUCGUGGGAGUCGUAGGCCCGUGUGUUGUAUUUACUGGAUGAUGAGCCGCCCCCCGCCCCCCCCCCGCCCCCCCCGUCAGUCACCGUGGCGGCCUCACAGACAGAUGAAAGUGUCCCCGUGAAAAGAGCCCGUCACUCUGCGCCCCCGCUACCUUGGAGGAAAAUGUAUUUUCGCGGGAGCAGACAUUAUCAGACGUGCCAGUCAGGUUCUGUAGCCGGGCUACUCAUCAUGAUGGAGCUUAAGCUUCACUGUCAGGAAGAUCUGUUCCAGUCGCAGCCACUAAACCCACCCCCCCACCCCACAACACACACACACACACACACACAAUUUCCUCUAUUUUAUAACACUCAUUGCGAGCUGCUAUGGAUGAGUGUCAGCUGAAGGCCUCAAAUAUGAAAUGGAAAUGUUUUGGCCGGGUUCUUUCUUUUUUUUCCAUACCCGAGCAGAGCGUUGCCACGUUAAAUGUAUUUUAGCACCUUGCCGCUGAAUGAAAUCUUCGUGAAUGAACAAAGGACUCUUACACAUACUGUGCUCUGCGCCGUUUUACGGGGAUGCGACGGUGAAGAUGAAUGGGAUCAUACUGAGUAGCCCAUUCAAUACGCAGUUUGGAUUUUGACUCUAAAGUGGACACGUUGUGUUCUCGCUGCCUGGCUGUACACAGCUUCUAUCAAUGUUUGUAAAGGAGAAAGAAAAAAAAAUACUAAGUGCUUGGACCAGCACUGGGUUGCAGGGUGAGAUUCUAAUUCUUUUCUUCUGGUAAUGUGUCCUUCACUGGGUUGAGUAAUUACGUAUUGGUUGGGUGUUUUCAAGUUUCAGUGCUCCGUGGGUUGUAAGACGUCGAGCUUUCUAGUUCCUGCUGUGCCCUCAUCUUCACGCGAUUUUUCCUAUUCUCAUUUGCGCUCCUCCGCCGCCGCGCGUCUCUCCUCCUCACCCGAGGGACGGCGCGCAGAAAUCCAAACAGCUUUGUUGCAAAGAAGUGGGAGCGGACGUGCGAACUGCGGGAGGGGGGAAAUGCUUGCUCUGUUGCUCUGUUCCGCGUAACGCUGUUCCUCAGGCAUACCAAAUGUGGCGGGCUGCAGGAGACUAUUUUAACUGACGAUUGCACGGUAGAAUACAAACAGCUUUCCAAGGUGACCGCUCAAUAAAUACAACUGGAAAGAGGAAAAGGAGGACAUUCACACUGAUAAUUCAUGUAUAUAUAAUUAUUCGGAGCUGUUAUAGGUAUACGCAAUUCUCACACAGAUAACUAUUGUCCCUCGCUAAAUUACCACAUACUGUUGAUUGUAGGAAAGUGGACUCAGUCUGCAGGGAAAUAAUAAGUCUGCAGUCAUUUUCCCAGCUGUGAAUUGUCAGCACAGUGGCAAGUGUUCCUCUUGUUUGGCUUCCUUUUCACAUCAGGUUGAUGGAUCUUUUCAACUUGACACAAAAAAACAGACUUCCUGCUGUUGUGGAACGGGCGAGAACAAUUUGUGGUAACAGAAAAAUAAAAAAUAAAAAACGAAGGCAAGGAAAAGGCCAAUAUAAAACAGUGAAAAGUGGAGAGGAGCGCCGAGUCUGAAAAGGAACCUUCGAUAAGAGAGAUGAUCACAGGGUAGAGGGCUGAAUCAGAGAGCAAAUGAGCAAGGGAGGCAGAGAGGAACCAUCUUCAGAUGCCUGGCUGAGGAGUGUGGUGAAAUGUGCCAGCAGUGCACCAUGGGGCCGCUGUAGAGGGGGACUAUGUGGAA